UCUGUUGGCAGGAGUCACUAGAAUAAAAACAGGAACACCAGACAUAGGGGAGGGGGAAAAACGAAGUGAUCCAUUGAACCGAAAGUCUUGCCCUCUCUUAAUUACGUAGUGUCCCAUAUCUUUUCUCUUUUUUUCACUUGUCUUUUCCAAUUUUUUUCUUUCUUCUGUAUGUAAAGACCUCUGGCUAGUGGUAAUUAGCUUGAGGAGAAUAAAAACAGCCGAUCGGGAGAGGGGUGGUGCAUUGUGGAGCGAGAUGGCUAACAGAAAGGUUCUAUCACUCCUUCAUGGAUUCUUCUACCUAGCUAUGAUUCAGCCCUCACUUCAAGGAGGUGUGUACGUGCCGGCUGGUGCUGGAGUUGGAGCAGGAGGUGCUGGACCAGGUGCUGGUCUCUACCCAGGUGCUGGAGGGAUACCCGCAGGAGCAGGCUACAAACCAGCUAAAACUGGGGCUGGAGGAUAUGGAGGACGGGGUGGUGUUGGUGCUGGAGGUCUGGUCCCUGGUGGCGGGGCUGGAGGAAUAGGAGCGUUAGGCUUCGGAGGAGGAGGAGCCGGUGGAAAAGGCCCCAAACCUGGUUAUGGAAACCUUGGUGCUGGUGUUGUUGGGGUUGGUGGUCUUGGUGGUCUUGGUGGUGGAGGAUAUGGAGCUGGUCCUGGAGCAGGCAGUCUAGGAGCAGGAGCCCUUGGAGGAGGAUAUGCUAAGCCUGGAGCUGGUUAUGGAGGAGGCUCGCCGUAUGGAGGCUCGCCGUAUGGAGGAGGUGGUGCUGGGGGCUACUUCACUGGAGGUGGAGGCUAUGGGGCAGGAGGUGGACUACAACCAGGCUAUGGCGGUGGUGGAUUACAGCCAGGUCUAGCACCUGUUAUUCCUCAGACUGGCCUACCUGGAGGUGGGCUGGGACCUGGUGCUGGAAAAGGAAAGGCUCCAAAAGGAGGAGUACCAGGUGUGGGGGUGCCUGGACUUUACCAAGGUGGCCAGGUGCCAGGACAAGGGUUUGGUGGUCGUGGAGUGUUGCCCGGUGUGGCCACUGGGAACGGCCUCAAUCCCAAAUCAUUGCCAGGUGGAGGACAGCAGGGACCAGGAGGCUCGGGUCGUGUUGGUUAUGGAGGACCAAUGCAGCCAGGAGUAUUCCAUGGAUACCCACUCAAAACACCCAAAACACAAGGUGGCUAUGGAGCGAAAGUUGGAGGAGCUGGAGGCAAACUUCCAUUUGGAUAUGGGGGCUUUGGUGGUGGUGGUGGAGCAGGCCUUCCUGGUGGAAAAGGUGGUCCUGGAUCCAAGCCUGGAUACCCCAUUGGAACUGGUGUUGGGACAGGAGGUCUUAACCCGGCCCAGGCUCAGGCUAAAGCUGCUAAAUAUGGUGCUGGUACUGGUUUGGGUGGUGUGCCCGGUGCAGGUGGAGCUUACCCUGGAGAGGGAGGAGCUUACCCUGGAGUGGGAGGAGCUUACCCUAGAGGAUAUAAUCCUGCUGCAGCCAAAGCUGCUAAAUAUGGAGUCCCAGGAGGUGCAGGUCCAGGUCUUGGAUCAGUAGCAGGAGGAGCAGGAGGAGUACCUGGAGGUGCAGGUGGCGUCCCAGGUCUUGGAUCAGUAGCAGGUGGAGCAGGAGGAGUACCUGGAGGGUUAUCCGGAGGAGCUGGAGGGUAUAACCCUGCUGCGGCCAAAGCUGCUAAAUAUGGAGUUCCAGGGGGUGCAGGAGCAGGCCUAGGAGCUGGAGGAUUUGGUGGAGUACCAGGAGGAGGAGGAGGAGGAGGUGUACCUGGGGCAGGAGGAUAUAAUCCUGCGGCAGCCAAAGCAGCUAAAUAUGGACUCCCAGGAGGAGGUGCAGGCAGGCUCCCAGGUGCUGGCUCAGUCGCAGGAGGAGCAGGAGGAGUACCAGUAGCUGGGGCUGAAGGAUAUAAUCCUGCUGCGGCCAAAGCCGCUAAAUAUGGAGUUCCAGGAGGAGCAGGUGCAGGGUUAGGAGGAGCUGGAGGAUAUGGAGCGGGAGCCAGGCCUCCCUAUUACGGUGUUCCAGGGGGUGCUGGAUUUGGGGGAGCAGGAGCUUUUCCAGGGUCUGGAGGAUACAAUCCCGCCGCCGCCGCCAAAGCUGCUAAAUAUGGGGUCCCAGGAGGUGCAGGGGCAGGCCUAGGAGCUGGAGGUCUUGGAGGAACAGGAGGGGUACCAGCAGGAGGAGUUGGGGCUGGAGGAUAUAAUCCCGCCGCUGCCAAAGCUGCUAAAUAUGGAGUCCCCGGAGGUGCAGGAGCAGGCCUAGGAGCAGGAGGAGUACCAGGAGGAGGAGGGGUACCUGGGGCUGGAGGAUAUAAUCCUGCUGCAGCCAAAGCAGCUAAAUAUGGAGUUCCAGGAGGUGCAGGAGCAAGCCUAGGAGCUGGAGGACUUGGAGGAGGAUAUGGAGGAGCAGGAGGGGCUGGGGCUGGAGGAUAUAACCCUGCUGCGGCCAAAGCUGCUAAAUAUGGAGUUCCCGGAGGUGCAGGAGCAGGCAUAGGAGCUGGGGGAGCAGGAGGAGUACCAGGAGGAGGAGGAGGGGGGGUACCUGGGGCUGGAGGAUAUAAUCCCGCUGCGGCCAAAGCUGCUAAAUAUGGAGUUCCAGGAGGUCUAGGAACAGGCUUAGGAGCAGGAGGACUUGGAGGAGUACAGGGAGGAGUACCUGGAAGAGGAGCAGGGGGGGUACCUGGGGCUGGAGGAUAUAUUCCUGCUGCAGCCAAAGCAGCUAAAUAUGGUCAGGGGGCUGCUGGUGGGCCACGGAGUGGAUAUGGUGGCGUGCCUGCUGGAGGAUAUCCCAGGUCUGGGGGCUAUGGGGGAUAUGGAGGGGCAGGAGCUGGAGGGUAUAAUCCUGCUGCGGCCAAAGCUGCUAAAUAUGUCUCAGGAGCUGGAGGAGCAGGCCUAGGAGCUGGAGGAGCAGGCCUAGGAGGAGCAGGAGGAGUACCAGGGACUGGGGCUGGACCAGGAUACGGAGGCUAUGGAGGAUAUGGAGGGGUACCAGCAGGAGGGGCUGCUACUGCAGCCAAAGCUGCUAAAUAUGGAGUUCCAGGAGGAGCUGGUGUGGCGGGGAGAGCAGGAGCAGUGCCAGGGGGUGGAUAUGGAGGGGUACCUGGGGCUGGAUAUGGAGGAUAUAAUCCUGCUGCGGCCAAAGCUGCUAAAUAUGGAUUACCAGGAGGUGCAGGAGCAGGCCUAGGAGCUGGAGGACUUGGAGGAGCAGGAGGAGUACCAGGGGCUGGAGGAUAUAACCCUGCAGUGGCCAAAGCGGCUAAAUAUGGACUCCCCGGAGGUGCAGGAGCAGGCCUAGGAGCAGGAGGACUUGGAGGAGGAGGACAGGGAGGAGUACCUGGAGGAGUAGGAGCUGGAGGAUAUGAUCCCGCAGCCAAAGCUGCUAAAUAUGGUAUGCCAAGCGGGACAGGCAUCGGUGGAGAAGGUGUGCCAGCGCCUAUAGCGACUCCAAGACCAGGUGUGGGCGUGGGUGGUGGUGUUGGAGGAACUGCCUUUGAGCGCACUGAUGUACCAGUGGGCACAGGGAUACCUAUCGCAGGCAAACCAGCAGAGGAUUCAUCUCUAGAACCCGGUGGAACUCCCAUCCCAGAUCCCACACCUAUUGGCACACAGGCCACAGAGGCCCCAGAGCCAGAGCCCAGUGCCACAGGAGUAACUGGAGUUGGGGCUGGGGUUCUUCAACCUAGUGUUGGUACAGGUCCAGCUCAGCCUGGUGUGGGUGUCGGAGCAGGUGGCAAAGCUCCUAAACCCCCUGGGACAGGGGGAUACCCGUAUGGUGGUUAUGGACAGGGUGCAGGUGCUGGUGGAUAUCCCUAUGGAGGAGGAUAUGGAAAUCCAUACGGAGCAGGAGCUGGACAACUUCCUGGAGCCAAGCCCCUGAAACCUCCAGUUGUGGGAGGAGCAGGCGGUGCGGCUGGAGGAGCAGGUAUUCCUCUUACUGGAGCAGGUGGUGGUGCAGGUGUGAGGUAUCCCACUGGUGUUGGUCUGGGAGUAGGGGCAGGAGCAGGUCAAAAAGCACCCAAACCCCCAGGUUAUGGUAACCUGGGUGCGGGUGGUGCUGGUUAUAAUCCAGGUGCUGGUGCAGUCCCAGGUUACGGAGGUGGCUACCCACAACAACGGGGUUACCCACAGCAAGGUGGCGGCUACCUACAGCAACCCUACCCAGGAGCAUAUGGAGCAGGCCAGACGGCACCACUGACUCCUCAACAAGCCAAAGCAGCCAAGUAUGGCCCACUCCAGGGCUUCCUUGGUGGAGCAGGAAGAGGAGGCUACAGACCAGGAGGAGUUGCUGCUGGAUGCCAAAGCAAAUACUGUGGAAGGCAGAAGUAGAGGGUGUUCUUCAGAAGAAGUUGAACCUCAAGAAACAAUGGUGCUACUGCAUGAUCUAGAAUGUACAUUUUAUAUGCACAACAUCCCCCAUUACAGUAUGUAAAGAUGUGUUGUACUUUAUUUGACUCAAUAUAUUUUUUAUACAAACCCACCGACCAAGACUUUUGCACACAUUUGAUGUGACUUAGUGUUUUUGAUUGUGCCUUUAUCAUUGUUUGUGGUGUUCAUCAGCUCUUACUGACAUACCUGCGAUGCUCCCCUUUUAGUAGUUACCAAGUGUUUGUGUGUGCAUGCAUGUGUGUGGGUGUGGAUGUGUGCCUAUGUGGCUGUGUGUCUCUCUAUGUGCUUGUGAGCUUGCACAUGUUGCUAGAGAUGUUUGGGUAUAUAGGAGAAUAUGAAAGAUUAUCCAACUAGAGCCAUUAAGCAUGCUUUGAAUGCAGAGAAGUGCUCCAAGUCAAAACCAGCACCAUUCCUGUAACUGUUGGAGAUCUUCCCAUACUGACAUGUCAAACCAAGGGUUGAGCUUCAAGAGGUGUGGUUGGUAAAGUGCUGAUAAACUUUGUCCAUGUAUCUUCAGAACUGCCUCCUCUGGCUUUCUAUCAUCUCUGCUGCUAUUUAUAGCUCUGGGUGAAAUAGCAGUGGCAUAGCGUGUGUGAGUGUGUGUGUGGGCACAGGUUUCACAGUCCAUCUGCCAUCAGCAACUUUGACUAUAUUUUAAGUGCCAUGGUGUACGUAGCCUUCUUACCUUGAUUUCUGACAAACUUGUGAAGUAUGAAGAGCAGGUGUUGCUCUGAAUGUGAUAAAGCUGAUGACAAUCAAUCCAAAGGUGUUCAAAAGAUUUGUAGGUGAUAACUUCAGUGAUAUUCAUAGCAUACAUUGUGUUGGUUUGUACCCAAGUUCAUUGAAACGGUGUGUUUUGUUUUUUUAAGUGAUUUGUAUGUUUUUAGUUUUACAAAAAUGUAAAACUGAAAUCCUUUCGAUACUGCUCUGGCAUGUAUUGUACAUUAUGAAUGUAUGAAUUGAACAUUUUGUUUUAUUAAUUACGUAUCAUUUUUCUGGUGUCCAAGAUUAAGUGCCUAGAAUGUUAUGCAUAUCUGUAAUCAUUCUAGUUUCACAUGCAGUUAUAGUUUCAUUUAUGCAAGUUGUCGCUCAUUAUUCAAGUUUCAAAUGUUUCCGCUCAUGAAAGUAGACUAUCACCAUAUUUGUGUAAUCUUUUAAUAUAUAUUUGGGUAAUGCAUUUAAUCACUGUUGAGAAUUGUUAUACUGUAUAUGUAAGGGCUUUUUUAAUGUCUGUGUGUAGGCUAUAGCCCCUAGUCUGUGUAAAUUGUGAGAGUGAGCUCCCAUUUCACUCUUUACUUGAGUUAGUUACAGUUGAAUAAGACUCACUAGACAUUACUGACCAAAGAUUGAUUCACUCUGUUAUAAAGUUACACUACGAUGUCUCUUUAGGGAUUGUGUAUGUUGUAGUAAUUGCCCUAGGUUAUCAUGACUCUCACUCACUUCAGUUCUUGUAGCCUACUCGUGGGGCUUUUUCUGAACUGUGUGUGAGCCGCUCCGAUCCGGGGCCCGCUGCCCCAUGUAUUCCGUGUGGUGGGAUAGUAUUCAUCUUAUUUAAAUGAGAAAAAGGAGGAACGAUGGGGUUUUGCACUUUUACAUUUUCAUGACACACAUGUGACUUGUUCCCGGUAAUCCCGGCAUUUUAUUUGCUUAAGUAAAAUAACGAAAUAAAAUGGUUAAUAAAUACA